AUGGAACAGUUCGCCUUAGAUGACCUAUUUCUACGGCUAAUGACCAAAAGAAAAGAAUGUUUACACUCUCUUUAUCUUGCUUAUCAAACCAAAAUAACUGAAUUUCUGGAAAAGGAAAAGGAAUUACAAGAUAAGCCUUUAAAUGACUACUUCAAUGCAAUCAAACAAAAGCAGAUAGAAGAGGAAAAGAGAUUAGAAAAGGAGAGAUUAGAAAGGGAGAGAUUAGAAAAGGAGAGAUUAGAGAAGGAGAAAGAGGAGAGGCUUAGAAAGGCUGAAGAAGAGGAGAAGAGAAAGAGAAGACGAUCAAUGAUAGUUCAUAUUGAUGAUAUGUCCUUCUGUUUCGGAAAGGAAGAGUUACAGCAACUAACUGGCCAAGAAAAGGAAGUUGAUCCACAAGUAAAAGAUGUUCUACAUAAGAUGAAUGAAUUAUUCAAACAACUCAAUACUGCUAAAGCAUCUAAAUCAUAA